GUCUGUUUUAAAGAUAAAAACUUGACUGUAGACAGAAACACAAUCUCGGGCUAGGUUCUAGGUGUCGGCCGGCUUCAACUGAAGCCCAAACAUAGUAAUGGGGGCUGGUUUUGUCAUUUUCCGGUGUUUAUCAGAAUAGAAAGUAGAAAGGAUACACAUCACAACUCCGAACAAAGAAAAUGGCUUCUCUCCGAUUCUCGGCUCCGCACCUACCUGGUUCCCGGUUCAAGCGCCGUCUGGUUCGCUGCGCUGGCGAGCGCCAGGAGCUUUUUAACCGCAUUGCUCCUGUUUACGACAACUUAAAUGAUUUGCUGAGUUUCGGUCAGCAUCGAAUAUGGAAACGCAUGGCCGUAUCCUGGAGUGGGGCAAAACCGGGUGAUUCAGUGUUGGAUUUGUGCUGUGGAAGUGGGGAUUUAACGUUCCUCAUGUCCGAGAAAGUUGGUUGUUACGGCAAAGUAACGGGCCUUGAUUUCUCCAAGAAGCAACUAUCAAUUGCUAUAUCACGGCAAUACGUGCUUUCAAAGGCUUGCUACAAUAACAUUGAAUGGGUUGAAGGUGAUGCACUUGAUUUGCCGUUUUCUAAUGGUAUCUUUGAUGCUAUGACUAUGGGUUAUGGGCUACGUAAUGUGGUUGAUAUACGUAAAGCUCUGCAGGAGAUGUUUCGAGUUUUAAAGCCAGGCUCAAGGGUAUCAAUCCUCGACUUUAAUAAAAGCACGCAGCCAUUUACUGCCUUGUUUCAGGAAUGGAUGAUUGACAAUGUAGUAGUUCCAACAGCAACAGUUUAUGGCCUUGCCAAGGAGUACAAGUAUUUGAAAGCUUCAAUCAAUGAAUUUUUAACAGGGAAGGAAUUGGAGAAACUCGCUUUAGAAACAGGGUUUUCUAAUGCCAGACAUUAUGAGAUCGGUGGAGGCCUCAUGGGGAACUUAGUAGCCACACGUUAAAUGAAAUUCAGGCUUUAUCUUUUCUUGCAAUGUUUGAAUUUUUUCUGUUGGUGAAGAAGCAUUCUGUUCUCUGAAUUUCCAAACAUUUCUAAAUGCCGACCAUAUAUGCUGGGGCUUUAGUAUGGAUUCUCCAUAAAGGUUGCUAAACUGAACAGCGGUGUGAUUGACAAAUCAAUAAUAGUUAAUAAUGCUUUAGUUUGCAUCA